AAAUGCCGCCUCCACCUGGUUGCUUGGAAAACAGGCAAGGCGCGCCCCUCCGCUUCCUGUUCCUGUUCGCAUCCUUGUCGGAAGUCGGAAUCGACUGUCGGAUCAUCGGAAGCGCGUGAUGGCGACCGUCUCCGAUUCGAAUCCCUCCCCCGGGGACGAUUAAAACCACUCCAUGGCUCCAUGCCGAUCCCAUCUCGUUCCUCGAUCCAUCCAGAAUUCCAGAUCCAUCCUCCCUCCCACCCACCGGUCCUCCUCUCCCUCCCGGCGUCCGGCGAGACCAGAGAGAGUCUGCUCGCUCGUUCGCUGCGCGGCGGCGAAACCAUGGGAACCCUUCGUCGCGCCGCUCCCGUUCCCAGCGCCCGGCCACCCUGCAAGCGUCCGCGGGCCGCCGCGCCCGCGGGUUGCGGCGCGGUGGCGCGGGAAUCGUCGGCCCGCCGUGCCGUCGCCGGUCAGAAGCUCUCCGCGCCCGGCGCGAAGCACACCAAGGUCGUCCGCCACAGCGUCGUCGCCGAGAUGGAGGUCACAGCUGUUGGCGGCGGCGUGGUUCCACCCAACGGCCGCCCGUUCGUGAAGCGGCCGCAGGUCGUCGAACCUGCUGCUACUAACUGCUGCACAAUGGCGCGGGAGAAGAAGUCGGCUCGCCGCGCCGGCGCUGGCGAGGAGUUCUCGGCACCAAGUCCGAAGCGUGCCAAGGUGACCCGCAACGCCGUCAAGACGUCCGUCGAUCCUGCGCUGGUGACCCUCCGGAAGAGGAUGGCCGCGGAGCUCGACGCCCUCCACGCGCUCGUGAGGAAGGCGGAGCUCUUGUCCAGCGGCAAUGGCGGCCGGCCCAUGGCCGCCGCCGAACCACGAUCGGAAGCGCCGCCGGAGGAGGCUUCCAUCAAGACGCCGCCAGCGAAGCGGGCAAAGGUGCAUGCUAUCGCCAAGGUCGCUAAGCUCGAGACCACCGAGGACGACAACGAGGUCAUCGACAUCUGCGGCGGCGUCUCCCCCGUCGCGAUCCUAAAAGCCUCCCCGGUCGUUUCCCUCGAGAAGGAGGUCGCUGGCAGCAGUGAGAUCAUGGAUCCCCCGGAGGACUACGACGAGUUCAUCGAUAUCUGCGGCGGCGUCUCCCCCAUUGCGAUCCUGAAAGCCUCCCCUGUUGUUUCCGUUGAGAAGGCCGGCGAAACCGGAAGCUCAUCUUCGAGUGAUUCAGAUUCAGAUAGCGACUCUGAGAGCGAUCGCGACGAGACUGUCGACCACCCGGUUCCACAGGCUGUCCUUCCCGUUGAGGAGAACGUAAAGGCCGUGCUGCCAGUGCCGGAACCGGCAACGGAGGUGGUGCAGAGUACGGAACCAGAGAAGCUCCCCACGGCCGCUCUGAUCGCAAAGGCGAAGGUCCGCCAGAAGUUGCUGGAGAUGGAGAGGGCGGCGCUGCCCGACGAGAUCAUCCACCCCGGGGACCUGCAGGAUCUCUGCAUCGCGGAGUACGGGCGUCCCAGCAUCAUGCGACAGCUCGGCCUCUUCCUCAAGGCCGACGCGUAGUAGAGCGCUGCAGAUGGAGCAGGAGUAGGAUAGCUGUAGUUGUAGCCAUGCAGUGAUGGGUCCUCUCGGCUAUGCAUCUGUAACUGACAUGUCUGAAUUCUGAUGUGGUAUGUGGUGUUCUGUCAAGCAUGUAGCUGAGAGCAAGCGUCUGAAUCUUGAUGUAGUAAUGUAGUAUGUGUUGUUGUGUCAAGCAUGUAGCCUGAAUCAAAUAUCAGCUGAGACCCGAGAGCAAGUGUUUGAUCUGA